UGGUGAAAAUUUCAAGUGCAAUGAGUGCAUUUGCCAGCAACACGUUGUCGUGUAAAGACCGAAAACGCGGAACAUUAAACGAGUGUAAUACCGAUAACGAUUUUUCAACAAUGUCGGUUAAUAUAAUUUGGUUCCGUCAUGGUUUAAGACUGCACGAUAAUCCAGCUCUAUUGGAAGCUAUAUCGGAUAAAGAUUUAGGCAUAGAACUAUUGCCGAUUUUUAUAUUUGAUGGAGAAAGUGCGGGCACUAAAUCAGUUGGCUAUAAUCGUUUAAAGUUCCUUCUGGAUUCCCUGAAAGAUAUUUACGAUCAGCUGCAAAAUCUCAGCUUAAGUCUGGGACGAUUGUAUGUAUUGCAAGGAAAUCCAGUACAAAUAUUUCGACGUCUACAUGAGCAAUGCGGCAUAAGGAAAUUAUGUUUUGAGCAGGAUUGUGAACCGAUUUGGAAUAGACGUGAUAAUGCGGUGAAAAAACUUUGCCAUGAUUUGGGCAUAACUUGCCUCGAGAGAAUCUCACAUACUUUAUGGGACCCCAAAAAGGUUAUCGAUACUAAUGGCGGCAUACCGCCGUUAACUUAUCAAAUGUUUUUGCAUACAGUACAAAUAAUUGGCUUACCACCACGCCCAGUACCCAGUCCAGAUUGGACUAAUGUCAAGUUCCACAAACUAAGUGAGAAACUUAUAAUGGAAUUAAAAGUGUAUCUAGAGUUCCCCACUCCUGAAGACUUCAAUGUUUAUCCCGAUAACUUAAGUUAUUUGGCCAAAGUCAAAUGGAUUGGUGGAGAAACCCAGGCCUUGCUACAUUUGCAUCAACGUCUCAAAGUGGAGGAAAAUGCUUUUAAAUGUGGUUACUAUUUGCCUAAUCAGGCUAAGCCCAAUAUUUUGGAAUCUCCCAAGUCCAUGAGCGCCCAUUUACGUUUUGGUUGUUUGUCGGUGCGCAAGUUCUAUUGGGAUGUCCAUGAUCUCUUCAAAAAUGUCCAAAUGCAAGCCGAAGGUCUUGGUAUGCAUAUGUCUGGGGGAGCUCAUAUAACUGGUCAGUUGAUAUGGCGUGAAUAUUUCUAUACCAUGUCUGUGAACAACCCAAACUAUGAUCGUAUGGAAGAUAAUGAAAUAUGUUUGAAUAUACCCUGGGCUCAGCCCAAUCAUGAGCAAAUUCAACGCUGGACAAUGGGUCAAACAGGAUUUCCCUUAAUUGAUGCCGCUAUGCGUCAACUCUUAGCUGAGGGCUGGCUGCAUCACACUCUCCGUAAUACCGUGGCCACUUUUUUGACUAGAGGUGGUCUUUGGCAAAAUUGGGAACAUGGUUUACGUUAUUUUCUAAAAUACCUAUUGGAUGCUGAUUGGUCAGUGUGUGCUGGCAAUUGGAUGUGGGUUAGCUCAUCAGCAUUUGAACGUUUACUCGAUUCUUCGUUGGUAACAUGCCCAGUGGCAUUGGCCAAGAGAUUAGAUCCAAUGGGUCAGUAUAUAAAACAAUAUGUACCUGAGCUAUCUAAAGUACCUAAGGAGUAUAUUCACGAACCCUGGCGUAUGCCCUUGAAUGUACAAGAGCAAUCUGAUUGCUUGAUUGGAGUCCACUAUCCGGAUCGUCUGAUUGAUUUGAGUGUAGCCUCCCAACGUAACAUGUUGGCUAUGCGGGCUUUGCGUAACUCCCUUAUAGCCGAAGGAGCACCCGAUAAUGGUCCACCACAUUGUCGACCCUCAAAUGAGGAAGAAAUACGCAAUUUCUUCUGGUUAGCCGAUUAAAAUGGACGAUGGUGGAGCAUCUAAGUGGAAACAAAUUUACAAGGAUCGAUAAAAAUUAUAUUAAAAAAUUAUACAAAACGAAUAUAUAUUCCAAAUUUAUCACAAUAAAUAACAUAUUUUUCUUCGUGUA